AUGGGCAGCGCCAGCCCCAGCGCCGCGCCCCCCGGCUGCCUGCUGCUGCCCCCCGACGGCCUGGAGAAGGGGGCCGCGCCCGAGAGACGGGCCUGGAGCCCGCGCCGCCCGGCCACCCCCGACCAGGGCCUGUCCGCCUUCUACCUCUCCUACUUUGACAUGCUCUACCCCGAGGACGGGACCUGGGCCGCCAAAGGACCCGCGGCCGGCGCUCACGAGGAGCCGCCCGAGGAGCCCGAGCAGUGCCCGGUCAUCGACAGCCAGGCGCCGGGGGGCGGCCUGGACCUGGGGCCGGGGGCGCUGGCCCUGGAGGAGCACUCGCUGGAGCAGGUGCAGUCCAUGGUGGUGGGCGAGGUCCUCAAGGACAUCGAGACGGCCUGCAGGCUGCUCAGCAUCACCGCAGACCCCGUGGGCUGGAGCCCCGGCAACGUGCAGAAGUGGCUGCUGUGGACCGAGCACCAGUACCGCCUGCCCCCCGUGGGCAGGGCCUUCCAGGACCUGGGCGGCAAGGAGCUGUGCGCCCUGUCGGAGGAGCAGUUCCGCCAGCGCUCGCCCCUGGGCGGGGACGUGCUGCACGCCCACCUGGACAUCUGGAAAUCAGCGGCCUGGAUGAAAGAGAGGACCUCCCCGGGCGCCGUUCACUGCUGCGGUGAGCCAGGCAGGGCAGGGAGGCCAGGGUGCGGGCGGGUUGAGGGGCCGCAGAGGCACGGAUGGCUGCUGCUGUGGCUGCCCACUCAUCACCCCUCCCUGGCCACCAGCCUCCAACAGCGAGGAGAGCUGGACCGACAGCGAGGUGGACUCGUCCUGCUCUGGACAGCCCAUCCACCUGUGGCAGUUCCUCAAGGAGCUGCUGCUCAAGCCCCACAGCUACGGUCGCUUCAUCCGGUGGCUCAACAAGGAGAAGGGCAUCUUCAAAAUCGAGGACUCUGCCCAGGUGGCCCGGCUGUGGGGCAUCCGCAAGAACCGGCCGGCCAUGAACUACGACAAGCUGAGCCGCUCCAUCCGCCAGUAUUACAAGAAGGGCAUCAUCCGCAAGCCCGACGUCUCCCAGCGCCUCGUCUACCAGUUUGUGCACCCCAUCUGAGGGCUGCGGAGGGCCCAGGCCUCACACCACCCUCAGGGCCAGAGCCUGAGCCUGGGGAGAAGGGGCGGGCGGCGUGCUGCUGGCCUGUAGGAGUCCAAGGUCAGAAAGGGGAUGGCCCGCGCUCCCAGGGCCACGUGAGCUCUCCUGGACCCCUGGGUGGGGGUGCUUCCUCCUCGGGCCUCACUGGAGGACAGAGGGAGAGGGAGAGCCUCCCUCCACCCAGCCUCUGACCCCAGAAUUGUGGAGCAGAGCCCACAGAAUGGCGAGGACUUGGCCAAGUUCACGGGCAGGGCUGCGCUUCUCUCUGCCACAUCCCCUGCCACGCCUCCGCACCAUGCCUCUGUGGUGCGCCCGGAGUUGGGGGGUCAGACGUGACCCCAGGAGUGGAUAAUAAAGACAUGAGUGAACUGACA